UAUGUGGGAAAUGGAGUUUAAUGUUGAUAAAUGUAAGGUUAUGCACUUGGGGGCAGGGGCGGACUGACCAUUCGAGCACUUGGGCACUGCCGGAGGGCCCUGGGUCAGUAGGGGGCCCCAUGAAAUGCCCCUGGUACCUUUUUAUAGGCUUUUUUGGGUGUGCUUUGAGUGUGGGCAAGGACACAGGGGCCCCAUGAUCCCCUAUUGCCAGGGAGCCCCAUGAGUUGUCAGUCCGCCCCUGCUUGGGGGCUAAGAAUAUGCAUAUGUCAUACAUACUGGGGGGGGUACAACUGGAGGAAGCAAUGGUGAAGAAGGAUCUGGGAGUUCUGACAGAUCACAAGCUUACUUUUUCAUAGUCUUUUUUGAGUUUGAGCAAGGACACAGGGGCCCCAUGAUCCCCUAUUGCCCGGGGGCCCCAU